CUGAGUUAGUUAGAACUGUCAAUUGAGAAUAGCCAAUAUCAAUCCAGUGUUCUUCCCUUUUCUCUUCCUAUAUUUGGUAUGUACUCACUCCUUUUUUAAAACCAAUGCACCAUUUACAUUUUUUGGGAAAUCGCCUCCGGCAUUUUUACAUUCGUUAUUAUUUAGUGUAGGGUUCUUUUCGAGAACCUUUACACUAUUAUCAAAGUCUUAAAACAUGAAGGGACUAAGUUAUCGUUAAGUCAGAAAAGCGUCAAAAGGAGAUUAACCUUUCAGUCGAGAAAAUUGUUGAUCACUCAACUAAGGUGUACAGUUCAUUUUGCGUGUGAUAAAACUCAUGACAUCGAUUAAAAUCAUUCUAUUAAGUAAAAAGUAGCGCAGUAUUUUGAUCCGGCAACGAGACUAAUUGACCAUUUCAACUCGGCUAUUAUUAUUAGCACUUGUCUCUGUUGCAAUCCAGGUUGUUUCCGUUUACAGAAGUAUUUAAAGGCGGAUAGCUACUUGACGCUAGCUGCAUUAGUUGGUUAACUGUAGAACCCGACCAAGAACCUUCGCUACUUAAAUCCUGACGAAAAAAUUGCAAAGAGAUUCACGUGCUAAAAAUGAAAAAUCCUUUGUCGCCGAAAUGGAUGAUAAAAUCCCUGAUUGCAUUCCUUAUACUUUGUGUUGGAGUUUUCUGCCAAUCAGAAGAGUCGACAUCUUCAUGGGCCAAACUCCAAAUUUCACCCAGCGAACUCUGUUCUAUGCCCCACGGAAGUUUCAGAGUCAACAUUUACGAACACGCAAACAAUCACAAGGCAACGAUGACAAAUGCAAGUGCCAAAAAAUAUUUCUACGCGCUCACCGCCUUGCUGGACCACCAAAGCGCAGCGAGUUUCUACAACAACGUCACAAAACAACCCGAGGUCCGUUUCCGCGUUGAAAUGUGGAACCUAAAAGUCGAGAGCGAAGUCGUCAAAUACUUGACCGAAUUUCUCCGUCAGCCAAUCGAUUCCCAUCAGGUUCAAGUCAUCCCAUUCGAUAAAGUGAUCCUGGCCAGCACGUCACCGUCCACCACCUUCUCACUGAAAUCAAAUUGGCUCCCGUAUCAACUGGACAAAUCACUCCAGUUGACACUUUCCUGUUUCCAACUAGAAGAUUGCAACCAACUGGCGGCCGCCAUGCAGACCAAACCUCAGCAAUUCAACGACUUCAAACUCCUUUUCAGUUUGUCUUCGCAGACGUCACAGACCAAACAGACGGUCAUCCGCAUCGACAACAUCGUCUCCGGACAAAUGAUGGCGCAAAUGUUGCAGAAAUUCAACGAAAGUACCAAAGAAGCUCUGCUAACGGCCAGUGAUGAGAAGAAACUUUUGACGGAAUCGAUGACCAACGUCUUGGUCGACACUUUCGACGACUCGGACGUCGUUUCCCAAAAUUCAGAGUCGCAAAUCUACAACAUGUUGAUGAAUUUGCUCGUCUCGUCCAGGACGACCAUCAAAGAGCAAAGCGACAAAAUGUGGGACUCGGUUUUCUGGAACGAUGACAACUACCGACCGGACAAGACCACGAAAUCAAUGAACGAAAUUUACAAUAAAUUGGACAAGGAAGACCAGAAAAAGUUGAUCGACACGUUUCAAAACACCAACACAUUUGAGUUAGGUGCAGGGGGUAGUCUCGUGGACAUUGGCUCGGUCGAAUCCAAAUUCAAAACUGAUUUUUCCCGCCACGGUUCGACAACAAAGGAAGACAUCAACAAACUUUUCCAGGAGAGUAAAAAUCACGGCGAAUGGGACGGGGAAAAAUUCGUUCCCAAACCGCUGGCCCUCAGCAGAGUCAAUUUGGCAAAACUGCGGGACACGCAAUCCUUCCAGGAUCGCCAAGUGAGCGUCCGCUACUCGACCGCCGUCCUGUCAACUCCCAUCCAUUUUAUAGAAAACUCUGAGCUGACAGCCACGGACGAGUGGCAAGAGUUGAAAGACGAAUUAAAAGAAACACAAAAGCGUUUAUCAUCCGCUUCGAAACUUAUCGAAAAAUUAGAAAAGCAGCAAAACGACACCAACGCAACUGUUUUCAAUAUAAUCAACGAUUUAAAUGAUACGAACACAACUGUUUUCAAUUUGACCAAACAUUUUAAUGAGAGAACGAGCGCCAUUGUGGACAUUGGUAAAAUGCCCGCGUCCUGUGCCGACCUCCGAGAAAUCGGACACAUUAAAAGCGGAUUCUAUUCCAUCAUGGGAAAAAGCAACAUGGAAACUGUUCACUGCAACUUCGCGAAGCAACACCACGAUCCGGAUUUCCAGAAAGUGAUCGGCUACGUCAACGUUAAAUCAGGGCCCGUUUACUUCCACGCUCAAUCAACGACCGGUUUUUCUAUUUUCAACAAGGAAAUCUCCUAUAACCUGAUCAGAAUGAAUGUGGGCAAUGCCAUACAUUCGAAUGGAUUAUUCGUAGCGCCUAAAUCGGGAAAAUAUUUCUUUGCUUUUUCGGGAUUGAGUGGCCGGGCUUCUUCUGCUCGAGUUGAAUUUCAGAUGAAGACUGGUGAUGAUAAGAAUUGGAUAAAAAUAGGGCACGCCUAUGGUCAAUGGAAUUUGAAUACUUUGACGAUCCAGAAUAUUUUGCAACUUGGUAAAGGCGACCAAAUUCGAUUGAUAUUACAGGAAGGAUCAUUGCACAGUCAGAGUGGUACUGGUACAAAUCAUGGCCCGUCUACAACUUUUGCUGGCUGGAUAAUGGAAGAGGAUAUAUUUUAGACCUUCUACAAAAUCCAUUUGACAAAAAAAAAAUUACAAUUUUAAAAAUCCCCAAAAUUAAUUAGUGGUUUCAGUUGACAACCCAAAUCCUAACUAGCGAGUCUUUAUUACUUGAAGUCCAAACAAAUAACCCGAUCCGAUCCCACGAAAUAAAUGAUUGAUUAACCUUUGUGUCAAGGAUGAAAA